AUGAUCCAAAUUGCUUAGGAUUAAAUUUAUACUCUUAGUUAUUUUAAAUGUAAUUAUCUAAAUGGUAUAAAAAAGAAUACCAAAUCUGUAAGUAAUCAUUUAAUAUACAGUUUAAUUUACAUAAAUAAUUUAUCUUAAUUAGAAAUACAGCUAUUCAAUAAGACUCUUUUAGACAUUGCUAUUGAAAGUGGAUUGUGGAAUUAUUUAGUGAAGUCUAAUCAGAACCGAAAUCAAAAUAUCAUUUUUGAAUUAUACCUAUAAAUAAUAAUCAAUUUAUUGCAAUAGAUAUUUAUUGAUAUUUAAGAGGUUCACAAAUCUUAAUAGAACUAUUGUAUUUAAUUCAAUUAUUUAUUUAUUUAAGUCAAUGUUAAUAUUAAGUAAAAUUCACUUUUCAAAACAGAAACAAAAAUUUAUAAAUUUGAUAAAAAUAUAUCAAUACAUAUGAUUAAUAUAAAUAAACAUUAUUAGAAAUAUUUGAAAUAUAUUAAUAAGAAGUAGAAGAGUUAAAAAAAUAAAAGAAUAUCAAAUAUUUUGUAAGUAGAUCCUUAUAUUUAAUUAUAUUCAUCAAUCUUUGAUAAAUAAUAAGAUAGACUUAAUUCUAAUUUAGGAUAAAAUUUUGCUAAGUUUCAUAAAAAAUAUAUUACUAAUGGUUGUGACAUAUGCAAAUUUUAUAAUUAUAGAAUUGAAAAAUAGCAAAGAUAUUCUAUUUUGUUUAAUGUGCGAUAAAGUAUUUUGCAUGAGAUAAUGUAAGUAAAAUAAAUAUGA